GGGCCGUGUUUCUAUGUAAAAUAAAAGGAAGCCUCAGCAGUUACAGAAAACCAUGAUGGGGUUUAAAGUAUGUUAUGUCAUAAAGGUUUUUCCAGGAAUUGGUGCCAUAUUGUUUUGUUUCUGUGAUAUUUGUUCUUAAUAAUCAACAUGUCAUGAGAAGAUCUCAGUCAUUUGUGAGGACAAGGGGACUUAAAAUGUCUUUGGUCCCAGUUUGGACCAGUGAGGUUCUGGGUUUUCAUCACCAAGAAACAUUUAGCAGAAACCAGCUGGUUAACUAAAUGCAGGAACAUAGGUUGAUAAUUGACCCAUAUUUAGUCAUUUUUGGGCCUUGUGGACACCAAAUGACCACUAUCUUCUCUCCUCAACGCCUUGAUCACAUCCCAAUCAGCUGUGGGCUCUUUCAAAGAAAACGGGUCAGAUCCGGUGUGUUUAGGGACCAGCUCAUGUUUCAUUUGCAGUGGCGGCCGCCUCGGUAUCGGGACAGCGACCUAUAAAGACAAAAAUCAUGAUGAGUUUGCCUCUGCUGACAGGUGGACACCAUGAACUACGUGGGUCAGCUGGCGGGCCAGGUUCUGGUGACGGUGAAGGAGCUGUAUAAAGGGAUCAACCAGGCCACUCUGUCAGGAUGCAUCGACGUGAUCGUGAUCCGGCAGCCCGAUGGGACCUUCCAGUGCUCUCCUUUCCACGUCCGGUUUGGAAAACUGGGUGUGCUGCGUUCCAGGGAGAAAGUAAUUGACAUUGAGGUUAAUGGAGAGCCAGUGGAGCUGCACAUGAAACUCGGAGACAACGGAGAGGCUUUUUUUGUGCAGGAAACCGGACCGAACACUGAGAUUAUUCCCGCCCACCUGGUGACAUCACCAAUCCCUUCUGAGGAAGUUCUGAUCAGGAGCAGAGAGGCCAGAUGUGGCGGAUCGACAGAGACCUGUCAGCCCCUCGACCCUGACCUGGAGUCUGCCAACACCCAGCUUUGCUCCACCUCGGCUGGCAGGAAGAAGAGGAGACGCAGGAGGAAGCACAGAGCUGAGCCACGCAGGGAGGAGCAGCCGUGUGCAGGAGGAGAACUGGAGCUGUGUGAUUCUAGCUCUGAUGAGGAGCAGCGUGCAAACAACGGACAAGCAUCAUCAUCUAUGAUGAAGGAUCAGAGGAAGCAUUCCCCCCUCACCACCCUCGAAUGGAACAGCUACCCCUUUUCUGAUGGGGACUGGUCACCCUGCACCAUGAACACAACCGAGCCCUCGUCUCCUAAAAGUGACUCCGAGCUGAUGGUGAAGCCGACAGAGAGCAUGUUCAGGGCAGAGCCUCACAUGCAGUGGAGCUGGGGGGAGUUUCCGGAAUCCACAAGGGUGAGCAAAAAGGACAAAUCUGAGCCAAAGACGCUGACCAUCACUCCCUCUGAAAACACACAUUUCAGAGUCAUUCCCAGCUCUGAGGCCUCGGACGAGUCCAGAUCAAUGCCGAGUAUGAAAGACUCUGUAUGCAGUUUGGUAAAACCAGAACCACGAACCAUCAAACCUCAUCAGUGCAGCUGCAGCCCGCAGCCCCCUGAAGCUGCCUCACAUGAUACAAACAUUUCCAAACCAAAGUCAGUACUUUCAAACAAAAAGUCGAGCAGCUCUUCCUCAGAGACGAGUCCCAGCAGCUCUGACUUCGAUGCAAAAGCUGUACAGAAACCAAGAUGGACAUCUUCCCCUCCCAACCGCAUAGACAGCAGCUCUGCUGCCUGUGUGGGAAACAAGGAGCCUGGAGACCCCCCAGCUGUUGGUCCAGAUGUGAAGGCCUCCCUUAAGACCACAGACUUGCCCAUCAAGAGGAAGGUUGUGAGGAAGAGGAGCCAACAUCAGGGGCCUGAAGAUAUUUAUUUAGAAGACCUGAUCGCUCUGGAACCUGAUGUUGCUGCUCGAUACUUCCCCAAGAGUGAGUCCGAGCACGUUCCUAAGCACUGGGUGGAGACGGGCCGCUCCGGAUCCCAGUCGGUGGGCAGCGCCGCGGCAGACAGUGGGACAGAGUGUCUGUCCGACUCACCCGGCGACCUGCCAGACGUCACACUGUCACUGUGUGGAGGCGUGGGCGAGAACUCUGAGAUCUCUAAAGAAAAAUUCAUGGAGCACAUCAUCACCUACAAUGAAUUUGCAGAGAAUCCAGCCGUCAUCGACAAUCCCAACUUGGUGGUCAGAAUCGCAAACCGAUAUUAUAACUGGACCCUGGCGGCACCGUUAAUUCUUUGUAUGCAAGCUUUCCAGAAGAACCUACCAAAGGCUACAGAAGAGGCCUGGGUAAAGGACAAAAUGCCCAAAAAGUCUGGAAGAUGGUGGUUCUGGAGGAAAAGCAUCACAAAACAGUUAUCGUCUGAGACAAAGCUGGAGCGACAGGGAUCUCUGAGCAGAGAGAGUCCUGCCCUCCAUCCGGCUGCAGAAACACAGCAGAAAGCUGCUGAGUGGUCCAGCGAUGAGGAGACCAAAGAGCUGAACCGCGCCGCCGCCGCUCUGAGCCCAACUGAGCGCGUGCAGACGGAAGGCUCCGUUUCGUGUCACUCGUACAAGAAAUCCCUGCGUCUGUCAUCUGAACGGAUAUCCAGCCUGAAGCUGAGAGACGGCCCGAAUGACGUCACCUUCAGCAUCACCACCCAGUACCAGGGAACGUGUCGCUGCCAGGGCACCAUCUACCUGUGGAACUGGGACGACAAGGUCAUCAUCUCAGACAUCGACGGCACCAUCACAAAAUCUGAUGUUUUUGGUCAGAUUCUGCCUCAGCUUGGUAAAGACUGGACCCACCGGGGAAUCGCAAAGCUCUACAACUCCGUGCACGAGAACGGCUACAAGUUCCUCUACUGCUCGGCCCGUGCGAUCGGCAUGGCGGACAUGACCCGAGGUUAUUUGCACUGGGUGAACGAGAGCGGGACUCUUCUGCCGCAGGGGCCCCUCAUGCUGUCUCCCAGCAGCCUCUUCUCUGCCUUCCACAGAGAAAUCAUAGAAAAGAAGCCAGAGAAGUUUAAGAUCGAAUGUCUGACAGACAUCAAGAACUUGUUCUACCCGAACACUCAUCCCUUCUACGCUGCUUUUGGGAACAGAGAGAACGACGUGUUUGCCUACAAACAAGUGGGUGUGUCUGUGUGUCGGAUCUUCACAGUGAACCCUAAAGGAGAGCUGAUCCUGGAACAGGCCAAAGGCAAUAAAACAUCCUACAGCAGGCUGAGCGAGCGGGUGGAGCACGUAUUUCCGUUACGGAGCUCCCAGCACAACGUCACCUUCAGCUGCCCGGAGUUCAGCUCCUUCAGCUACUGGAGAGAGCCCAUCGCUCAGGUCUGCUUCGAGGAGCUGCUGUGACUCCAGAGGAGUUUGUGACUUUGUUUGGACUAUUCCUUUAGUGCACAUUAUAAAAAACCCUGAAGUGCAACAUCUGUUGGUAACAUCUGCAUAGGAAGUUCUCUAAGCUCUUUUAGCCCCUGGAGGCGGUUACUGUGUAGAAACUGACACAUACCUUUUACUCCGCUCACUUUUCACUUUAAAGCCUUAUAUUUGUGCCAAUUCAUAUUUUUUCCAAAGGUGAAAUGUUUGUACAUACAUGCUGUGAUUUAUGAAGGUAAAACUGCAUUACUGCAACGUAGAUUUAAAUAACAACUGUUGCUGCUGCUAUUUUGUGAGUAUAUUUUGAGCUGCAGGAUUUUAACGUUUAGCAGAUUUUUACCCGUACUCUUAAAUAUUUACUCCAUUCUUUCUGUGAAAGUAAAAAAAAACUGUGAACAGAACACACCUAAUGUUUUUGGGUUAAAUUAAGUUUAUUUUGACUCUUGAAUGAAGAUGUUUUGCUGCUAAGGGUCUUUUCUGGAGAUAGUUGUGAUCACAGUUUAAAUUAUGCUGUAAAAAUCAGGUGAAUCACUUUGAUUACCCAUCAAAACUGUUUUAAUAUCUUUUGCACAGGUGGUGUGAUUCAUGUCGGUAGUACUGUAUUAAUAAAUAUUUAAGCGAU